AUGAAGAACCCCACCAAGAUAGAUGACGUACUCCAAAUGGUAGAUGCAUUCAUUAGAACAGAGGAGUUCAAAAGAGCUGCUACAAGGUUGAAAGGUUCCUCGGAGCUGAAGGAUAAAAAAGCAAAUCAGAGCAUGCCCGAGGGCAGCUCAAGAAAAGGGAAAGAGAAGCAAGAAAUUUACAGCCUCCACAAGAAUGAUGAGAAAUGGCAGAAGCCAAACAAACUUAGAUCCAACCCCCUUAACAGGAACAGGAACAAAUGGUGCGAGUUCCACGAUGACUUCGGCCAUAACACCGAGGAGUAUAAUCAGCUGAAGAACAUCGAGGAUCUCGUCCGCCGAGGCUACCUCAAACAAUACAUGGCCGACCAAAGGGAAGAAAAGGAAAAAGCUCGAAAUGGCAAGCCACAAGAGCAGCCACAAAAGAGGAUCUACAAGGCCACGGGGCACAAAAAGAACGACAUCUUGGUAGUGUUCGGGGGGCAGAGGUCCACCCAUGCCAGCAAGAAACACUUGAGAGCUCUCUCCCACCGAGUCAACUUCAACGCUGUAGGGGAGAAGGAACCCCAUCCUCCAAACAUGAAUUUCACCGCUGAUGACUGCCUCGGAGUCCAAUACAAACAUGAGGAUCCACUCGUAAUCUCCAUAGAUCUCAACAACCAUAAUGUUCAUAGAGUAUUGGUCGACGGGCGAAGCGUCGGCAACAUCAUCUUCAGAAACUGCUUUGAGAAGUUAAUGCUCGAGGAAGGAGAGGAGUCGCUAACGAAGGUCAGCUACCCACUGAUCGGAUUCAAUGGCUCCGUAGAAAUUCCUCGAGGAAAGAUCACCCUUCCAGUCACAAUCGGCCAAGGCCAAGCUGCGAGAAAUAUCUGA